AUGGCAGCUGAUGAGAGGGACUACAACCUGACCGAGGAGCAGAAGGCGAUCAAAGCCAAGUACCCGCCGCUCAACAAGAAGUAUGAAUACCUGGACCACACAGCAGAUGUGCAGCUACAUGCCUGGGGAGACACUUUGGAAGAGGCCUUUGAGCAGUGUGUUAUGGCCAUGUUUGGCUACAUGACUGAUACAGAGACCGUGGAACCUGUGGAUACAGUGGAGGUGGAGGCAGAAGGCCAUGACAUGUUGUCUCUCCUCUUCCACUUCUUGGAUGAGUGGCUGUAUAAAUUCAGUGCUAAUGAGUUCUUUAUACCCAGGGAGGUGAAAGUGCUUUACAUUGACCGAAUGCAGUUCAAAAUAAGAUCCAUUGGGUGGGGAGAAGAGUUCUCUUUACCCAAACACCCUCAGGGCACAGAGGUCAAAGCCAUAACUUACUCGGCCAUGCAGAUCUGUGAAGAUGAAAAGCCAGAAGUCUUUGUCAUCAUUGAUAUUUAAAGCAAGAAAAGCGUGGUCCAGUGGGUACUUGCCAUUGGCUGGCAAAAGUCUCUUAAACUCUAAUGCCCGUGGAAGUAACAAAGGAAUUGGCCAACUAAAGCCACAAAUUGAAGGGAGUAAUUGCGGGGAAUGUCAGCCUCUGUUUUGACUUGAGGAUGGUGAGACAGAGAAAUACCUGCAUGCCAGGAAAAAUAAGAACUAGUUGGG